GCCGCCCAAAUUAGUGACCACUAAUCUCACCGACCCCGGCGCCCUGUUCGACUCCUGCAACGUAUAGGAAGUCCGGGGAUUUUGUUUCUUUGCCUCGCUCCCAUUAUUUUGCUGCUCGACUAGGGCUAGGGCUUCAAUUUAUGCCCAGAAUCCCUAAUCUGCGAUGGCUUCGGGCAAAGACGACACCGAUCGCUCGUCUAACUCCCCAUCCGCACAUAAAAACCCGUACAAAGAUCCUGAUGACGGCCGACAACGAUUUCUACUCGAGUUGGAGUUCGUUCAGUGCCUGGCCAACCCUACCUACAUCCACUAUCUUGCUCAAAAUCGGUAUUUUGAGGAUGAGGCUUUUAUUGGAUACCUGAAAUACCUUCAGUACUGGCAACGACCAGAGUACAUAAAAUUUAUAAUGUACCCACACUGCCUUUUUUUCCUUGAGCUUCUCCAAAAUGCAAACUUCCGCAAUGCAAUGGCACAUCCUGGAAGCAAGGAAUUGGCUCAUAGACAGCAGUAUUUCUUCUGGAAAAACUAUAGGAACAACAGACUGAAGCACAUUCUGCCACGCCCUCUUCCUGAGCCUGCUGCACCUCCCGCUCCAGCUCCUGCUCCAGCUCCAUCACCUGCACCAGUGCCAUCUAUGACUACUGCUGCUGCACCAGCACUUUCACCCAUGCAGUUUGUCGGAGCACCUGGGUCUGCUCUCCCAAAGACUGACAUGAGAAAUGCCAUGGGAGAUCGUAGGAAGAGAAAGAAAGAAGGUUGAAGGGGCAGGUGUCAUUUCCAGGAGAAGGAGAUCCAUUCUGGCGGCUUGCAGAAAGAGUUUAUGCGGGACAGUGCAGCAUAAUUUGUUAAGCAAUGCUCAUUCUUAAGAGCAACACAAGGGAAGUCAGUUUUUAACCAUGCACCAUCUUUUUGGAAAUCUCACUAUUUCUGCAUUCUUUUGUUUACUCUUUCCAUUUCUUUGGCAUGACAUGUUAUGAUUAUUUGUAUUUCAAAUAGAAUAUGCAUUUCUAGGAGUACCUUAUGUUUUCCUUUUGUUGGUAGUUAAAUGUUGGUAAGAGCAGCAGCAGCUGUGCUUUUGCCAUCAAAGGCCUUUAAUUCAGGAAGUAAGCUGAUUAGGCAUGAAAUUGAUAUGCAAUAAUAAAUAAGAAGAAAAAGAAUCUACCGUGUGCUAUAACUAAAAAAUCAAAUCCAUGUUGGAUUUUUUCUGCCAUCCACUUCCCAGAUUCUUGCAUGAACCUGUAAUAUUGGAUGAUUGGAAGGUGUUUGGUGAGCAUCUCUUAACGAGGUAGCACGAGAUUAGGUGGUUUUCACCUGUAAUGAAGGGCGUGUGCGCUUUCUCUCUCCCAGUUUUUUUUUAAUUUUUUAUUCUCAUUCCUCAGACAAAAAUGUGGUUUUCAGGCAAGCUGCUAGUGAGGAACCUGUAUUUUAAAUGAACCAAGCUCGUACUCCGUGGUUAAACUUAAUGCAUAUAAGUAUGAAUAGAUAAUAUUUUCAUAUAGUAUAUAGUCAUUUUUUUGUGUAGUUGAUGAAAUGUAAGUGGUAUUGUCUCUUGCCUGUCAGUGGUAAGCUAUUUGUUCAGUAGUCAGAUGGAGAUCUAGUUGUGGACUUGAUGAGAGAUAUCUCAAUGCCCUAAUCCUGCAGUUGUAUUGGGAUAAAAUAUUGAAUCCAAAGUUUAUUCAUUUCUGUUUCAAGUUGAAUUGGAUCAA